UGGCGCCUGCCAUUGACGCAAAUGAGACAGGUUGCUCGCUGCUGAGGGCGCAUUCGAAAGCUGAAUACUGCCGCUGCCGCCCCACAUAGUGUGAUAGUGAAGCCCGGAAUCUUAUGCUGCCACCUGAUGAAUGGCGACGGGAAAUCGAUUGUGAGAGAGGUUGAGAUGGGAGAAGGCGGAGGCCUCCUCUUUCCGUUAGGCAACCCUAAACCGAAAAUUGUGGUAGUCGUCGGAGCCACCGGUUCCGGCAAGUCUCGACUCGCCAUCGACCUCGCCUCCCACUUUCCGGUCGAGGUCGUCAACGCCGACUCUAUGCAGGUGUACGAAGGACUGGAUAUCCUAACGAACAAGGUCCCGCCCGAAGACCAAAAGGGAGUUCCACAUCAUCUUUUGGGGGUUGUUAGUGCUAAUGUGGAAUUCACAUCAAAGGAUUUUCGUGAUAUGGCCAUUCCUGUGAUCGAUAGUAUAUUGUCUCGGAAGCAUUUACCAGUAAUUGUGGGAGGUACAAAUUAUUACAUCCAGGCCCUUGUGAGCCCAUUCUUACUUGAUGACCUGAUGGAAGAAAUGGAUGAAUGUAUUUCAGGACAUGCUGUCGCCUGUUUAAGCAGCAAUCAAACUUGUGAAGACUCAACUUGUGAUUUGGAUCUCCUUAGGAAGGUCGAUCCUGCGUCAGCAAAUAGGAUACAUCCAAAUGAUAUUAGAAAAGUCAAACAUUAUCUUAGCCUAUAUACAAAAACAGGAAGGCUUCCUAGUGAAUUAUUUCAAGGAAAGGGAUCUGAGAAGUGGGGCAGAGUAGCAGAUUUCAGAUACGAUUGCUGCUUUGUGUGUGUGGAUGCUUCUCUUCCUGUCAUUGACAGAUAUGUUGAAGAGAGGGUCGACUGCAUGAUUGAAGCUGGCUUACUGAAUGAAGUAAUUGAUAUAUACAACCCAAGUGCAGACUACUCAAGGGGGCUUCGGCAGGCUAUUGGUGUACGUGAAUUUGAGGAAUUCUUGACAUUCUCUCUCUCUAAGGGAGAAAGUCUCUACCCACACCUCGUAAAGGAGGCAGCUGAUAUAAGUGCACAGCAAGGUGGUCCUUUCUUGACACAUGGUGAAGAUAAAUCUCUGUCACACACUGCAAGGGAAAUAUUUGAGUCAGGAGAUGAGACACAAAAGAUUCUGUUAGUAAAAGCUAUUGAUAAGUUGAAGGCAAACACACGAAAGCUUGUCCGCCGUCAAAGGCGGAGGCUUAAUCGGCUGAAGGAAGUAUUCGGAUGGGAGCUUCAUUACUUUGAUGCAACAGAAGCCAUUCUGAGCAAAUCUGCAGAAGCUUGGACAAAGCUGGUGGUUGAACCUUGUGUGGAAACAAUUGGAUCUUUUUCGCACAUGGUUUCUUUGGAUGAACCACAAGGGCUUCAAGAGAGCAUAGCAUCCAGGGACUUGUGGACGCAGUAUAUCUGUCAGGCUUGUGGAAAUCGUGUACUUCGUGGAGCGCAUGAGUGGGAGGAACAUCUAAGAGGUCGUGGCCAUCGAAAACGGAUUCACAGACUGAGGAAAAAGGCUCAAAGUUUUGGCUCAGGAGAAAAUCUUCAUGAGAAACAGAUGGAGCAAGUGUCCGGGCUCCACAUGGCAACGGAAAAAUGCUUCGAAAUGCAAGGGCUCAAGUAAAAUAAAGGGAAGCUGGCUACUUGCUAAGCGUUGGAGCAUGUGAAGGUCCGCCAAACCCUACAAGCGGUGGCAUGCUCGAGUGUUCCUACGGCCUCCAUUUUCAGCCGCUUCAUUUGCUGUACGAGAAACUGGACAGGCAACAUCAUUCUGUCGUUCAUGUCCAAGGUUUCCACUUCAAAGGGCUUAACAUUUGGAAUUGGGUUAAGGUUCCGACUGUUCCUUACUUUUUCAAACUUAUACGAACUCUGAUGCAAAACUCAAUGAUUUAAAGAGUGGUUGAAUUUCUGGCCGAAUCGCUGUGACCCUUUCUUGCUGUUCAUGGGGCAUGAAGACCGUCUCGGUCUUGUUGUUCUGAUUAAUACAUGAAGAA